AUGCCGAUUUUACACCGUCAAGUACUUUUUGUAUUUCUUGUUGGAUUACUGCUUGGAUCCCUGCUUUCUUUUUUCUUUCUACUUCCACACGAAAAUUUAAAUGAGAUUAUGGGAAAAUGCCAAUGUCCACAAAGCAUUGAUAUCAGAAUUGAUAAUCAGAAUCAAACGAAGAAUACUGAGAAUAUAACAACAGUCACUAAUAGGAAUGACUUGAUGGAACCUGCAGGAAAUAGAACUGACGGUAUUAAACUGAAUCCUGCUGAAGCAGUCAAAACAAUGUUCAAUCCAGGACUUCAAUCGAAUAACAGCACAAAAACAUUGGCAGCAGAAAUCGCCCGCCGUGUUCGGGUAUUUUGUUGGAUAAUGACAGCCGGCGAUAGCCAUGAGAAAAAAGCAAAACAUAUUAAAGCAACCUGGGCUCAUCGUUGUAAUAAAUUUAUAUUUAUAUCUUCCGUUGAAAAUCCUGAUUUGCCAGCAAUUAGUUUAAAUAUAUCCGAUGGAAGAAAUCAUUUAUGGGGUAAAACAAAGGCGGCUUUUAAAUAUGCCUACACGAAUCAUUUGAAUGAUUUUGAUUGGUUCUUAAAGGCGGAUGAUGAUACUUUUGUGAUUGUAGAGAAUUUACGAUUUUUACUCAUGGCUUAUUCUCCAGAAGAAAAAAUUUAUUUGGGUGCUAAAUAUGGCCCAAUUGUUAAGCAGGGAUAUAUGAGUGGAGGUUGUGGUUACGUUUUGAGCCGAGCAUCUCUCCGCCUUUUUGUUGAAAAAGGAAUACCAAAUGAAAAAAUUUGCCGACAAGAUGAGAAUGGAGCGGAGGAUGCCGAACUGGGCAAAUGUAUGGAACUACUAGGAAUUCGAGCUGGAGAUUCACGCGAUCGUGAAGGAAGGCAUCGCUUCUUCCCCUUCCAACCUACACAUCAUUUACCCCCAGGCAACAAAGAUCCAAAAUAUUGGUUUUGGAGAAAUAUAUACUACGAUAUGGAUCAAGUAUGGAAAUUAAAUUUCAAUUUGAUUUCUCAAAAUCUAAGAGAAUUUCUAAUUAAGGGUCCAGGUUGUUGCAGUGAUUUUGCAGUAGCUUUUCAUUAUAUGGAUCCGGCAUGGUUAUAUUCAAUGGAAUAUUUAGUUUAUCGUUUACGCCCUUUUGGUCUUGAUGUCCCUUUCAAUGAUGAAACUGGAGGGGCAGGAGAUAAAUUUUCAAAAUUAAUUGAUCAAACAAUCUGGGAAAAUGCUCAAAAGAAAGCAGUUAAUAUGACAGGUAUUUUUAUAAUUGAAGGACCUGCUCCUCUAAGUUGCCCAGUGAUAAUUUUGUGAGGAAGAAAGUGAUCGUUUACCUCUCUCUCACAGCUCUCUCUUAUAUAACUCUCCAAGGCUAAUUCAAAAAUAUUCUAAAGGUCCGGACGACAUUAACUGGCGAAGUGGAAAACCAACAAUUGGCCCACAAAAUAUAGACGAACAAUUAAAAAAAUUGAAAACAAACUCGACAAAUAU